AUGAACAACAAUUUCAACAUAAACGUUCAGGUGGACAGUGCGUUCCUCAGUGAGCACGAGGUGGAGGUGAAUGGCUAUUUCGCGAAAUUGUACACGGGGGAAAUUACGGUGGACACGAUGAUAGAAAUCAUGAAGAGCUUGUCAUGCUGCCCCAAGGGGUCCAAAAAUAAUGAUGUGUAUAAAUCAAUGUUAUUAAUUUUGUUUAAUGAGUGUAGGUUCUUCCCAAAAUAUCCGUCGGAAGAGCUGGACACCACAGCACAGCUAUUUGGGAAGUUAGUAAAGCACAACUUGUUACUAUCCUAUGGCAAUACCUUAGCUGUUGCAUUGAGGUGCAUUCUGGAAGCUUUAAAAAAAGGAAAUGAUUCUAAAAUGUUCAUCUUUGGAAUUACAGCCUUGGAACAGUUUGAAGACUCUCUAAUAUGUUACCCUAGUUUUUUGUCCUCUCUAAUAGAGCUCACUACCUUAAGGCAGUACAACCUGCAGUACGUCAUUCAUUGCAGCAAUUUGUUAAGUACCCUUCCUGAGCACUUUAGAAGUUUACCCUACAUAGAUGCAUCUACAAUUUUAAAAAUAAAACACCUCGCCGAAAUUGGUGCUAACAGUAGCACAACUGAUGCGAAUAUGUCUCAGGCGUCUAAUGAGGACUUGAGAAAAAUCUCUCCCCAUAAUGCACACAAUUUGAAGAAUGUAAAUAAUUUAAUUUCCUCCAUGGGCAUAGCCAUGGGUAGUGGCCUUGUUGAAAAUGCAAAUGUAAAUAACAACCUCAGCGCUGCGAGCAGCUGCAGCAGUAACAACAAUAACAGCGCCCUCGCCAACGCGCUAAGCAGCAUGCUCAAGGCUAACAGCGCCAACCUAACUAGUGACAACGUGCUCUCCUACAUCAGUGACCUUUUACCUAACAACUCAAGCCUUCUGCACCACCACCCGCAUCUGCAAGCCAGUCAGCAUGUCAAUCUGCAAGCCAGUCAGCAUGUCAAUCUGCAGGCCAAUCUGCAGGCCAGUCAGCAUGUCAAUCUGCAGGCCAAUCUGCAGGCCAGCCAGCACAUCAACCCCCACGCCAACCUGCAAGCCAAUCUGCAAGCCAGUCAGCAUAUCAACCCGCACGCCAGUCAGCAUAUCAACCUGCAACCCAGCCAGCAUAUCAACCCACACGCCAGUCCGCACACCCUAGGUAGAACUGAUCACCUUUUUAAAAAUAAAAACAUAAGCGAUAACCUAAACAGUAACUAUAACGUAAACAUAAACAGCUUCUCCUCCCCCGUUAAGAACCAGAACAUCACCUCCAAUGUGAAUCUACUAAACGGUGAUAAGCUGAGCACCCCUUUUGGUGCCUCUAAUCAGUUAUAUGCCAACCGGUCCUACGUACCUCCAAAUGGAAGCAACCAAAUGAACCGAGUUUUAACCUCCCAAGGCAACCAGUUCAACCUUGGGGGUAGGGAAAUUGUAUCCCUCAGCAAUGCUUCCAUCCUCAACGAUCAUGCAGGAGAAAUCGGAGUGAGCUCUAUGGUCGAUGCUUCCAAGUAUGCCAGUACGCCCGAAGGAAUCAAACGCCCGAAUGUUAAUCUUGGCGGCGAUAAGGGUGACGGCAUCGGCAUGAGCAGCAGCGUGGGCAUCGGCAACAACCUCGCAAGUGGCAACCCGCUCAGCAGCAGGGACAAAGAGGAGCAGCUGUGCCAAAUGAUGGAAUCGUUCUACGAUCGGGUGCAGGUAAAGCUACCACCCAAUUUGAGCCUAAACAACAUCGGGGGGUUCGGACUAGGCCAAAUAGAAUGCCUAAUGGACAACACCGAGUUAACUAAAAACAUUAUUGUGCCAUCGUCCCUAAUAAUAGGCGAAGUGUUUAGCAUUUUUAACACCCUCUGCUCAUUCAAUAUUGAUGAGAAAAUUAAAAUUUUAAAAGAAGUCAUGCAGCCAGAGCACUACAGCUGGCUAGCCUUUUACAUUGUCAAAUCCAGGGCCUCCAAAGAAGUAAACCUCCACGAAGUUUUCCUGGAGUUUAUUGAUAAGCUAAGCUACCCUAUGCUUAUCGACACCAUCAUCAAUAUGACUUACGACUGCAUACUCAUCCUGUUCAAAUACAUAAACGAAUUGAAAGAAGUUAGUGCAUUUAAAACUGUGCUCAAAAAUUUAGGCUCCUGGUUAGGGUUCAUAACCCUAGGGAGAAAUAGACCCCUAAAAUCGAAGAUCUUAGAUUUAAAGUUAGUUCUAUUUGAAGCCUACGAAAAAGGCUGCCUAGUUUGCAUACUACCAAUGGUAUGCAGAAUUUUAGAAUCUAUAAAACUGUCUAAAAAUUUUAAGCCCCCCAAUCCGUGGACCACCACUAUGCUGUGCCUACUAACAGAAAUUCAUGAGCUCCCAAAUGUGAAGACGUAUACAAUAUUUGAGGUGGAAAUUCUCUUUAAAAAUCUGGCCCUAGAUAUCCACGCCUUUCAGAAUAAAACCACCCUACUGAGUAAGCGAAGUGUCGCUCAAAAUAGGAAAAGUGAGUUGCUCAUUCCAAAAGGUGGUAACAACAACCAGGAGAGUAGCACCGCUUUACCUGUAAGUGAGGACCUGAAGAAUCUCCCACGCAGGGAAGGCCUAACAAGCGCUAUUAAUACUCACAUGGGUAGAGUAGAAGGUGCAUUGACUAUGAACCACAGAAUGGAGGAGUUCGAAAAUGCCGCUAAAAUUACCGCCAGGGAGAUACCAAGUAGUGUACCUAAUAAUGCUCGACCGAGCACGAGGUUCAUCCCAGAAAAAGUGGAAUACACCAGACGAAACAAUAACCUCCCAAGUUACAACGCCGAUUAUGUCGAUUCCGAAUGGAGCAAAGAUGAUGGCGAGAGAAUUGAUGCCCUGACAAAUGACAUGACGUUAGUUUCCACGUUUUCCCCCCCAGAUAUAAGUCUAAUAAAUGCUAGCUACCACAAAAAGGUGGCCGGCAGCGGAGGUAAAAAUGUCAAUGCCAUGGGUGAGCAGUACGCCCCCAGUGUGAGCUACGCCACUGGUGCCAACUACGACGCUAGUGCCACCUAUGAGGGUAGUUCCAUCCAUCCCCGCAAUGCCAACUAUGAUGGAAGUGCCAGCCAUCUCGGCAACGCAAACUAUUAUGAUAGCAACGCAGAGUACUAUGAAAACGGCGCGGAGUACUACGACGGUGCUGCCAACUACGACGGUGCUGCCAACUACGACGGUGCUGCCAACUACGACGGUGCUGCCAACUACGACGGUGCUGCCAACUACGACGGUACCGCCGCCUACUACGACAGCAACGACAAUAUGGACAUCCCGGACAUCUCCAUUGACAACAAUUUAAUUAACAACAAAAUUAAUAGUAGUAAGUUUUUGCAGAGCCUGAACAGCGCUGUGAUUAUAUCCCCCUCCAUAGCCCUCUUUCAAAUCCAGCCGGGGUUAAAAAGCUUAGUUACUAUAGCGUUUUAUCAAGCCAUUAGGGAAAUCAUCGCAGCUAUAUUGGACCGAUCUGUAGCCAUAUCCUGUGUUACAACGAGAGAAAUUGUGUGCAAAGAUUUCUGCCUAGAAAGGGAUGAAACGCUAAUUAGGAAGGCGGCCCAUAUUAUGAUUUCAUCACUAGCUGGUUCGUUAGCCCUAGUUACGUGUAAAGAACCGCUGCGAAUUUCUCUAACGCACCAUUUAAGACACUGGCUGGAAAAAACAAGCACGAAGGAUUGCAACGACCAGGUUUUAAUUGAACAAGUGGUUCAAAUUCUAAGUGCAGAUAACCUAGAAUUAGGUUGCAGUCUAGUCGAACAGGCGGUCAUUGAAAAGGCUAUCAAAGACAUUAAUGAAGCGUUGGAACCUACCUUUGUAGCCAGGCAGGUAGCCAAAGAGAACAGAAUCGCUCUCCACGAUCCCAUUCAUCUUAUGAACACGAAAAAAAUGCAACUCGAAAUCGCUCACUAUCUAAAGUUAGGAUCGCCUAUUACGAAUAAUCAGCUGCAAGUAUAUAAGGACUUCCUAAACAUAGCCCCGUUGAAAAAACUACACGCCGCUGCAAAGGCGCUGACGAAAGUGUACAAAAAUGUGAACGAUGUAAACGAUGUGAACGAUGUGAAUUUGGAGAGUAAUCAACAAAGCGGUGGUACCCUCAUGCAUGCCCUGUUUUCAAGUUCGAACUUACAGAAGAAGGAGGAAAAAAUAGACUACCCAAAAAGUAUGAACGAGGAGAAGCGAAUUGCUAAUGAACCCCCAAAUGGAAUGCCAAAAGGUGACCCCAAGGUAGUCAGAAAGACCCACACAGAUUACAAUCCGAAUGGUGGUAUAAAGACCGAGCAAAGUGUAAGCAGCGCGAAAAGGAAUGCGAAUGAAAAUAGCAGCCCCUCCCCCCAACCGAGCUCCCCAUCUGCGGCCCCACAAGCCACAAAUUCACAGCUGCAUAAAAUUCUGAACAAAUUAGAACUUGCGACUAACCAGUUGAAAGAUGCCGUUAAGGACAUCCUCAUCCUCCCCCCCAUAUUAUUUAACAUAAAUAAAGAAAAGCCCUCCGAUAAUGUAAACAAAAUGAGCCUUCACAUUUUGUAUAGCCUGUCCGUGGACGGAAGCAUAUUUAACCUAAUCAAAUCCAUCCCAGAAAUAGCAGCGCUAACACAACAUAAAAACGAGACCAUCAUUUCGUACUCUAAUAGAAUUUAUAAAUUCCUUUUUGAGAUUAUCCCCCCUAACAGUAAUAGAACGCCAUGGGUUUAUCGAUCGAAUGACCCGUCUGGCAUAUACUUGGAAGUAUUUCUGUGCAUCCUGGAAAAGCUGAAAAAGAAAUGCCCCUUGCUGAGAGAACACAUAACGGAUUUUAUCAUGUCGGAUGAUUCUUCCACCCUCUCGAAUGAUAACUCUCCAAGUUGUAGUAAGCGCCUUUUUUCCGCUUCCAACCUGCUGAAGGAGAAAGAAUCAGACGAUGUAGCCAAAAUGGGAAGCGAAUUUUCCUCCCCCACGAAUAGCAACUCAAAUUUGGAUGGCCACCAAAAUAAGAACGAGUCAGAAGUAAAGAGUCACAAUAGAGGAGCGCCCAAGAUGAAUGCAAAUGUGAUAGCUGGCUUCAUAAGGUACAAUCUGGUCAACAUGCAGAAAUAUAAAUAUUACCUUGUAAGGCAACUCAGCACAGACAUGUAUAGCGUCAACUCAAAUGUGGAGUUUGUCAUCCUACUGUUGAGGAAAAUUUUAAUAGACUUCCACAUUUUCAGGUACAAGGAUUUUGAAAGCAUAUUUAUCAUUUUGAAUAACCUGAAGGAGCAGAACAUUUUGACGAAGAAAGUUUUCUUCUUCAACGACUCCCCCCCUAUUGACAUCAACGUCGCCAUCGAACUGUUGACUGAAGAGGCCAAAAAGAUUCAGGGGAAAAAAGAUGCCGUCAUUUUUUCAGACCUGCUGCACGUUUAUGAGGAGUAUUUAAAGAGCGACGAUGAGCGUAACGUGAGUGAUGGGCGUGACCAGCAUGCCGUACCGAGAGGUGCCUACACAGAUCAGACGAUGCUGCGAAUCGGGAUGGACAGGAGUGCCACCGAUGCGGAGGCGAAAAAGGGACAACCGCCAGGGAGCCAAGUGCAAAAUGGCAGAAAUUGGCAACACGCGCAGGGAGAAGGUGGAUCCAGGGGGGACGAUGGAUCGUAUUACUCCAGUGAGACACUAAAGGGAAGAGAAACGAAUGGAAGCACAUUCGAUUUGAAAUGCGCAAGGACAAAUAACAACUUCCACCUGAACGAAUUAAAAAAAAGCGAGUUGCUGAAAAACCCACUGGAAUAUUUUAAAAGGGACUAUAACCAAUUAAGUGAAGACCUUUUAAGCGCCCUAAUUGAGGAGCAACAUUUCGAUAAAAUUCAAGACGAACUGAAGAGCGUCGACAACUUUGGUCUCCUAGACAUGGAGGGCGUCAAGGUGCACACUGUGGAAGAUGUGCGCCUGCGCGAGAAAGGCGAAAAGGAGAAGUCGGCCCUCAGUACGCGCACCAGCACCAACAAUAAGAGCAACAUAGACGGAAUAGCGAUAAAUCAGAUGAACCAGGAAAACAGAGCAAAUGCGCAUAUAUGCCACUCCAAGAGACAGGCGAAAAGGGAAUACAAGAAAAACCUAAAAAUUUUAAUGGACCCUGAAUAUAUAACCACCCUGACGCAGAUAAUCGAUUUCUGCCUGAACACGGACUGGAAUAUACUGCAGAAAAGAAAAAAUAAUAAGUACUUCAAAGAUAAAGGGGUGGGAGGUAUUAGAGUAGUCCCAAAACCGCAGAAGAUCCCAAAGCAACAUGAACAGAUCAUUAGCAUUUUUUUUUUCCAGUGGAUAAAACUAAUCAACCUUAAGAAUGUGGAAAACCCUAACCAGAGUUACGUUAAGUUUUUCCAAAACAUAUCCAACCAAGGAUUGCUACGAAUUGAUAAUAACACAGAUAACUUCUUUGCCGUGUGCAUUUACAAAGCUGUCGAAGGAGGGACCUCCAUUAGCACCGUCAACUCGAGUGGCCACAUCGUGGAAAGGGGGAAAACCACCAACGUGUUAGAUAAAGCCCACACUGCAAAUGGAAACAGAGGGUCCAACUAUCCUGGUGGUGCAAUUUAUGGGCAGCAAAACGGUGACUCUUCCCUAACGUCGCAGAAGAGAGAAUUCGCAAAUGGGGGAAGCGAUCCCAUACAAGGGGGACCCAUCCAAGGGGACAAUAACAACCCCAACGGAGUAUACCCCCCCAGUGGCGAAACCAAAAGCGGUGGAGGAAACGAAGAAUCGCCCCACUUGCACAGAAACAAAGCGAUAAACAAAAAUGAAGAAGAUGACGCACAACGAUUUGACAAAAUUGGCAGACACGCAGAACAGACUAGUAGCGACGAAACGAAAGAACCAAGAGAAAAAAACAACAACAGCAGCAGCAAAUGUUCCCAAGCUUCUGAUGAAAAUCGCUCCUACAUAGAAUCAACAAACUUAACUUUCUAUUCUAAUAUGUCCAAUGAUGGGCACUCUCAUUCAGAUGACGAAGAAGAAUCCUGCCUGGACUCUUCAUCAAGAAGGCAGAGGACCACAAAACAGAUGCAGGUGAAAAAAAGCGAAAUGUUGAGGAACUUAUCCUCUGCCAUCAACGGAUCGGCUGACGUAGACUUUGCGUCACACUGUGAAAACGAAUUUGACAAAUCGGAGACCCAUUUUGAGGUGAAGAGGAGGAACGGUGGUGGUAGUCCAAAUGAAAUGGCUGUUUCUCACUUGAGGGGCAGUUACAAGCACGGAAGUGGGGUCGAGUCGGACGAAGCGGAAGAAGAGGAAGAAGAGGAAGAAACGGGAGACACGGAAGACUCGGAAGAAACGGAAGAAACGGAGGAUGAACUGGAUGAGCAGCUAGACGAAGCAGAAGUGGGUGUUGAGUUAGAAGCGGACGAUGAGAUAGAAGCGGAUGUUGAGAUAGAAGCGGAUGGUGAGAUAGAAGCGGAUGUUGAGUUAGAAGCGGAUGUUGAGAUAGAAGCGGAUGGUGAGAUAGAAGCGGAUGUUGAGUUAGAAGCGGAUGAUGAGAUAGAAGCGGAAGAGCCGGGGGAGGAACACCACGGGAGCGACGCAGACGAAGAGGAGGAAGACGACGAGGAAGACGAUGUGGUGGUGCAGAGCGACGGGGAGGGAGAAACGCAAAUUGAGAGCGACGAGGAAGACGAAACGGAUGUGGAGGAGGAAGAAGCAGACGAAGCGGACGAAGCGGAUGAAGCGGGUGAAGCGGGUGAAACGGACGAGGAGGACGAAACGGAGGUCGAGGACGGCCAUCACGGCGACCGCGCCAGUGAGAGUUACGAGGUGGAAGCGGAAGAGCAGCAGCAGCAGUUAGGGGAGGGCGAGGAAGAAGCCAGCAAGGAAGGCGACGAGGUAGAAGCCAGCGAGGAAGCCCACGUGGAAGAUUCCCAGAGCAGCGGCGAGAGCGACGAUGAGGACGUCUACCACUACCACUGCGACCUGCGCGACCGCUACGCCUGCGGACAGCCGGAGGGGGGCAACCAGCCCGGAGGAGGCAUCUCCACUGCAGAACAGCCGGUGAGACUGGAAGGAAAUUUCCACGUGGAUGACACGAUUGACGCUCUUUCGUUGGAUGGCCUGGCGAAAAUGAUCAUCUGCAUGAUGAAGCUAGUCGACACGCAGCAAAUCUCGCCAUUCAUUCUGUUUCAAAAGGUGAUGAACGUAUUUUGUAGAAUCGUAGUGAAGGAGUCCAGAAGGAAUAAAAGGAACUUCAACCAGAGACCCUACUUCCGCCUCUUCCUAUCCAUCCUAGUCGAAAUAAAUAAAAACGAAAAAUACUUUGAGCAGUCAUACAAUAAGUUAAUCCUAGCCUUGGGGUAUUACCUCUGUAUUUUGAACCCCUUGCGUAUCCCCACAUUUAUUUUCGCCUGGCUAGAAUUGAUAAGCCACAAAUUGUUUCUGCCCAAAAUAUUGAAAACGUCCAAGGGGUGGUGCAUAUACAACAAGUUACUAAUUUAUUUGCUAGAAUUUCUUUACGUGUUUUUGAAGAAUGCAUAUUUAACUCCCCCCAUAAAAAUAAUCUACAGAGGGACACUCAGAAUGUUGCUAAUUUUGCUGCACGAUUUUCCAGAGUUCCUUUGUGUGUACAAUUUCUCCUUUUGUAAUUCCAUCCCGUUGAAUUGUGUCCAAUUGAGGAACCUAAUCCUGUCUGCUUUUCCAAGAAAUUUGAAGCUACCCCAUCCGUUUUACCCCAAUUUGAAAGUAGACCUCCUGCCAGAAAUGAAAGUCGUCCCAGUGAUCCUAAACAACUUCACAUUUAUUCUAAUUGAUUAUAAUAUAAAGAAAGACGUGGAUGAUUAUUUCGUCAGCAGAAAUGUCACCUGCUUAAAAAAAAUGCAUCAAAAAUUGCUCAUCAGAAAUAAAAUGAAAGCUUUAUAUUUAAAAACCAAGUACAACAUAGCCUUGAUAAAUGCCCUAGUGCUGUACAUUGGUAUGUCCCUCCCCUCGCAGAUACUAAUGAUUGACAAGGUUUCAGAGUCCCACCCCGCAUUGGAAAUAAUUCUACACCUGACUUAUAGGCUAGACAUGGAAGGGAGAUAUUACUUGCUCUCCUCCAUCGCCAACCAUUUGAGAUACCCCAAUGCGCAUACGCACUACUUCUCUUGUCUCCUCCUCUGGAUUUUUAACAUUUCCAAAAUGGAAGUGGUAAAUGAGCAGAUUACUGGCAUUCUGCUAGAGAGACUGAUAGUGCAUAGGCCUCACCCCUGGGGACUUCUAAUCACCUUCAUCGAGCUUAUCAAAAACCCCAUCUUCAAAUUCUGGCAGUGCUCCUUUGUGCAUGUUAACCCGGAGAUAGAAAAACUGUUUCAGUCCAUCGCGCACUCGUGUUUGGUCAACCAGAUGGAGCACUUCAGCGGGGUCGCCGCGGUUGGGGCGGUUGCGGCGGUUGCGGCGGAUGGAUCAGCGGGCGGCGUUAACGCAGUUAGCGCAGUUGGCCCAGUUGGCCCCGUUGGCGGCGCCAAUCAGGGCACCUCUUCCACGCACACGACGAGCGACGUGAACCCUGUCAGUGCGAGGAGUCCCCCCCCCUGCAACGACCGUAGCAACGCAGACUUGAAAAUGUAUACCCUUCCAAAUGAGCCACAUGCGAAUAAAAUCAUGCCCAAUUCCCAUCACCACAACCAAGGCAGCAGCACCAGCAGCAGCAUCACAAAUAGGUACACCCAAAAACAUGAGCACUCCGCAAAUGGAAGCAUCGCCAUGAAUAACCACUUCGCCCAUGGCAGUAACGAUGACCUUUUCAGGAACGCAAUGAGUGGCGACCACCUAAAUGGUUAUGCAGCAAAAGGUAACGCCUACCCUAGUGUGUGUGAACAACAACCCGCUAGGGUUCAUCCCAAUAUGUUAAGGAGUCACAUCAGCUAUAAUGACAGCAGUUCGAUCGAUACGGAUAAUUAUAGCCUGCCCAACAACCGCGUCGCCCAGAGGAACCACCCCCUCAGUGGGUAUGCCGCCCCUCCCCAUGUAGCUGCAGAAAGUAACAACCGCAAUGAUUUUUACCACCCACAAAAUUUACACCACUUGCUUGCUAAAAGUAAUAAAGCCCUAGAUAUUGAUGGUCAGAGCGAUUUCGGAGAAAUGCAAAGGGGAGUGCCCAAUGGCAGUCUUAGUGCCAACGACAGUGGAAGGAGUGCAGCACCCCCCGUUAGGGGUAUCCAUGGAACCAUGGGAAGUGGCACAAAUGUGGGGUUCCAUGGAGGCUUCCACCCGAACCGAAACCUCAUCAGCACCAACGUGAGUCUCAAUUCGCGCAACCACAGCGUGGAGAGUUUGAUCAAUCUGACGAAUUACGCCGACCUGAAAAACGUCAGCAUCCUUCUUCCUCCCCACCUCAUUAUGGAAAAUACAAACCCAUUCGAAUUUAAAAAGGUGGACAAGCUAAACCUGGACAAGUACAAUGUCCCCCCGUUCUUCGAGGAAAUCCUUUCCGAGUUCAUCGCCAAAUUAGUGAAGACCCAUCCGGACAAUGCGUACCUCUUUGCGCUCAAUUAUUUUGAUGAUAAAUUGAAGGAGCACCACUGA